CUUACUGAGUAGUAAAGAGUCUUUCAUAGGAAGAGCAGCCACUCCGCAUUUGAUGCCAGCAGAGCCGUCGACACUCGGAUCGGAUCUGUUCUGAGGAUUUUUUUAAAGCUUUGCGCUGUUUAAAAUGAAUUGAAUAAAGUGUUACAGUUGCAGCGCAAUACAUACUAAACGACAAUGAGUGACGCUGAGAAGGAAUUCGUGGAGCGGGAGUCCCGUUCGACUUCUAGGAGCCCAAGUCCUAGAGGAUCUGCUAAAUCAGCCAGUCGCUCACCGGAGCGUUCACCUGCUCGGUCGAAAGAGGGGUCCCACCACUCUCGCUCCAAGUCCCGUUCUCGCUCCAGGUCCAAGACUAGGUCCCGUUCCCAUCGGAGUUCUCGCCGACAUUACAGUCGUUCCCGUUCACGCUCUCAUUCUCGCCGGCGACGUUCACGCAGCCGCUCAAACAGCAGCGAAUACCGCCGCCGCCGCAGUCAUAGUCAUUCUCCCAUGUCCAACCGUAGACGUCACGUUGGAGACCGGACAAACCCAGACCCGAACUGCUGCCUGGGAGUGUUUGGCCUGAGCCUGUACACCACAGAGAGAGACCUGAGGGAGGUGUUCUCCAAGUUCGGCCCUCUGAGUGAUGUCAGCAUUGUGUACGACCAGCAGUCUCGACGCUCCAGGGGUUUUGCCUUUGUCUACUUUGAGAACAGAGAAGAUUCAAAAGAGGCUAAGGAGCGUGCAAAUGGUAUGGAGCUAGAUGGCCGCAGAAUCAGAGUUGACUACUCGAUUACCAAGAGGCCACACACACCUACUCCAGGAAUAUAUAUGGGCAGACCAACAUAUGGUGGAGGCCCGAGCGUAAGCCGUCGGCGUGAUUACUAUGAUCGAGGAUAUGAGCGUGGAUAUGAUCGCUAUGAUGAUCGUGACUACUACAACAGCAGGUCGUACAGGAGAAGAUCCCCCUCUCCCUACUACGGCCGAGGACCAUACAGGUCAAGAUCACGCUCUCGCUCCUACUCCCCUCGCCAUUACUGAAGUGAAGUUUGACUCCUCUCGCCCUCCCUGAAGAUGAUGUUGAUGACAAUGACAUUGUUUAUGACGUAGAUGUUUAUUUCUGGUGGCAUGAGUUUGGAUGUACUUUAAACUCAAUCCCCUUGAUUUCUUGCCUAGAGAUGUGUUUUUGACCUAACUUUAUUUUCCAU